AUUCCUUCCCACACAAACUUUUCCUAAGCAUAUCUUCACCUUCAUAUCCUCCAAGUCUCUCUUUAAAAAUAUUCUACCUUCCGUUCUUGCACCAACAAAACAUGAAAUCCCAAAACCUAUUCCUUCUGCUAACCAUACUCAUUAUGGCUUUGAGCACCAUUGCUCUGUCUGCAACACCAAAUGCUGGUGAAACAUUUGUCGACAACGACGAGGAUGAUAAUGCUACAAAUGAUGAGGAUUUAUCCGAGACCGAAGACCAACGACAGACAACAUUGACUCCUCUUAGGGGGAUUAGCCGCUUGCUUGCGUCACGAAAUCAGAUGACAUGCAACAAAUACCCGAAGGUGUGUCGCGCCAAGGACAGCCCCGGUCCAGAUUGCUGCAAGAAGAAAUGUGUUGACACAUCGAGUGAUAGAGUAAACUGCGGCAGAUGUGGGAAGAAAUGCAAGUACGCGGAGAUAUGCUGCAGAGGAAAGUGCGUGAAGCCAAUGACUGAUGAGAAACACUGUGGAAGUUGCAAUAACAGGUGCAGCAAAGGGAACAAGUGCUUGUAUGGGAUGUGCAACUAUGCAUAGAUAUUAAAAAACCGCCACCAAAUCUAAGAGGAAAUGAAUAGUAGGACAUAUAAAUUAAUAAGCUGUUGGUUUGAAAAAUAAAAGGUGAGCCAUCAAUUGAUGUUUCUGAUAGGCUCUGCAUACACAUACAUUUAAAUUUCAUUAAUUCAUUAUGUUGGUUUGUGUAAGUACAAUUAAUAUGUUAAUUUAAUUGGGAUUUGCAACGAUGUAACAUAGGGUUGUAAGAAUUAAAGUUUCAUUUAUUCAUUAUUAAUAUAUAUUCCCAUCAUAAAAUUCAAUAUAUGUUACUUUUUAUGGUUUCA